CUGACGUGAAUAUCUCAUCCAGUAAUUCCGACAUAGACCAGAUUGAGAGACGUCAAUAUGCCAGCAGCAGUACCUUCGGGCGUGCGUCCGACUGUUGAGCGAGACAAUCUGGAUGACAUCUUCAGUUAUGAUGCCGGCAUCGAUGAGACCUUCAACCGACAAGGCCAGGAUUGGAGUGCUCAGGACGAUGCAAACAACAACAAUACCAACCAACAACAACAUGAUGUGCCGGUAGACAUAGAUGAGGAGGUCAAGGUCACAAAGAAGCGCAAGCCAGUCGCGAAACUUGACGAAGAUCGCCUUCUAUCACAACAAGGCAUUCCCAAACUACGGAAGAUUGCCAAAGAUCGCAUACAGAUCAAGGGCAGAGGUCACGAGUUCUCAGACAUGGCCCGCCUCCUCAACACCUACCAACUAUGGCUAGACGACCUCUUCCCAAAAGCAAAGUUCAUGGACGGUGUAUCCAUGAUUGAAAAGUUGGGCCACAAAAAACGCAUGCAGAUGAUGCGAAGAGAGUGGAUUGAAGAGGGUAAACCCAAGCCGCCACGCGAGGAAGAAGAUGACUUUGUCAUUCCAACCGAAGAUGCAGCAUUGGAGAACGAUGGUCGCAACAACGAAGAUCAAUCUGCCAACACUGAAGAGCAGUCCGGGAACAACAAUUCGGCACCAGAAGGACAGUCAAAUGUAGGAGCACAAGGAAGAAGCAACCGAAAUCCGUUCGACGAGGAAGAGCCUGAUGAGGAUGAUCUGGAUGCUUUGUUGGCAGAAAGUGAGAGCAUGCCAGUGACGGACACGUCAACGACAAACAACACACGGCCUGCUAAUGAUCAAGAGCCGGAUGAAGACGAGUUGGACGCUCUUAUGGCUGAGGAUGCAAUGAAUGACAGUGCGCCAAAGAGUCUGUUCGGUGGACCGGUGUCCUCGAUUACCAACACUGCACAGCGACCGGCUAAUGAGUUUGACGAUGAUGAAGAAGCAAUGGCUGGUAUGGAUUGGUAGUUUAGUCACAAACAUGUCCUCGAGUACGCUACUCACAUCGCUAAUUCUCAUUAUUCUGACCUGCUC